UUCAAAAAAUCUUCAGUAUAGUAAAAGAAAAAGAAGAAAACAAAUGAUCAAAGCAACACAUUAGUUUCAUUUACUUGUAUCAAAAAUUGUCUCUUUGAAGAUCAUGGCUGCUCUUUCUUCCUCGUCUUUGUAUCAUAAAUUCCAUUCCUCUACUCGUGCUUAUUGUUCGAAUUCGAAUUAUGAGUCGAGUUCUUGUUUUACUGCGAAAGCCGUUGGAUAUUCCGGCAGAAGAAAUGGCUCUAGCAUAUUUGGAGGCCUCAGAAUUCAAAAUGGAGCAACAAAACCUGCAAAGUCACCAGCUGAAGAAGAAUGGAAGAUCAAACGGCAGCUUCUACUCGAGAAAAGGGUAAGGAGUGUGGAGGCCAAGGAAGCAUUGCGGCUUCAGAAAGAAAAUAAUUUUGUGAUUCUUGACGUACGGCCAGAGGCAGAGUUCAAAGAGGCACAUCCUCCGGGUGCUAUUAACGUGCAAAUAUAUAGACUUAUAAAAGAGUGGACAGCGUGGGAUAUAAUUAGACGAGCUGCAUUUGCAUUUUUUGGCAUCUUUUCCGGAACAGAAGAAAAUCCUGAGUUUAUCCAAAGUGUGGAGUCAAAAAUAGAUAAGAGUGCAAAGAUAAUUGUUGCCUGCUCGGCCGGUGGAACGAUGAGGCCUUCACAAAAUCGUCCUGAAGGCCAACAGUCAAGGUCACUCAUAGCAGCUUACUUGCUGGUUCUCAAUGGUUACACUAAUGUCUAUCACUUAGAAGGAGGGCUUCAUAACUGGUUUAAAGAAGACCUUCCAUCAGAGUCUGAAGAAUGAAGUCUACCAGAAAACACUGAUUCAUACUAAUGGACGACACGGCUGUUCUUGAAUGAAAAUGUUAAUGUAUAAAUGAGUUUUGGGAAUCACCAAAGGUUUUUUCUUAUGCAUAGAAUGAAUGUCUGUACAAACAAUAAUAUCAGUCAUCCAAUAUUGUAUCAGCAGUAAAACAUGAGAGAUAGUGACUGCAAGAUAUCCAGAAUUAUACUGGACUAGGAUUCUUCAAAUAGUAAAUUCUUUUUUACUUAUAUUUAAUAGAAAGCUGAUGUAUCCCCUUGCUUAACAAUUUAGGCUUUUGACAAGGUGGUUUAACACAGAAGCAAAGAAAUAAAAGAUCGUGAAUUCAA